GAGCAGACGAAAAUUUAAAAGUGUUAUUAUUAGAAUGCAGCUGCAAGAUGCCUGUGUCUUUUUUACAAACUUUCACGUGAGUUAUAUUUACACUCUUACUGAAUUGGUUCGUGUGCAUGAAAAACUCGACCAACGCGAUGCCAGAAAGUUGUCAGGGUGGAUCUAUUUCAAGAACAUUACUUUUACCUCGCGAGCAUCACCUGGGCACAGGAAGCUUGGGGACUUUUCGUUUAAGACACAUUUUAGCUGAGGACGGCUGUAAAGAAAGUCAAGUCGCGUUGGCAAAGAGCUUAUUAACUAUCCCAUCAAAUAAUUUUGAGGAGCGUAGCUUUAACGCUCAAUUAGCUGUAUAUUGGUUAUUGCAAGCUGCCGAGAAAGGUCAAGAAGAAGCAUUUUCAUUAUUAAAAGAGUGUGUCAGCGGUGGUGUUGGUAUAAAUGCCAGAAAUCAUCCUGAAAUAGAAAAGUGCCUUAAAUUUUCUGACGAAGAAAAAAUAUCACGUAGAGUUGCUUAUUCAUUAUUCGAAGCAAUCAUGAGCGAUACUGAAGAUCUAGUGCCAGAACAAGUCUUCCGAGAAAAGAUUGAAACCAUACUUAAAGAGGAGAGCAAAGAAAAGCUCUCUGCCAAGGCAGCUGAAGAUCCACCGCUUCCACAGCAGCAGCCAUGUCAGAAGAAAAUAGAUGAAGCAAGUCUUCGAAAUCAGGCUCAUGUUUCAUUCAGUGAAGUGGUUAAUUCAGUUCAGUCAUGCUUGGAAGGUAAUGUACCCCUUGUAUCAUUAAAACAAGUUACUCAUUAUGCUGAAUACAAGAGAUGGCUGUCCACCAAAUAUCUUCGAAUCUUGUGGGAUCUUGUCUUAAGAUCUGCUGAAAAUCUUUUUCAGAAUCUUUCAUCAUUGGUAUAUCCAAUAACAUUUUUGUUUUUUUGCCUUUUGUUACAGCUUGCUAAUUUCCUUUCACCAUCUGGCAAUGAAACAAGCAACUUUAUUAAACAAUCUAUGUUAAAAUGUGUAACACUGUUUUCCUUGGCAGUUAUGAUUUCAUCUACUUGCUUUGUUGUUCAUAUUAAUUUUGGUGGUGAAAAUAUUAAAAAAUGGUUGCAUUUGGUGAAAUUUUUUGAGCCAAAUAUCAGAUCAGAUCAGGUGGAAAGGAAAUUUUUAUCAAAGACAACAUGCCCAUUAAUAACAUUUCUCCUAAUUUCAUUUGUAUACAUUUCACUGGUAUCCUUAAGUUCUACUCUAAUGUCAUCUACUGAUUUAGGAAUUUUAAGUCUUGUCCUUAUGCUGUUUGUUGAUAGAACUAUAACUCAUCAAAGGUAUUAUGUAAAUGUUUCAUUAAUUUUAAAUGCCCUGACUUGUUUAUACAAAGCUAAUGCUUUACAAAAUAUGUUUAGGAAUUCUCUUUCUUUCUUGAAUUUUAAUAUAACUUAUGAAAUAAUGGAAAAUAUUUAUAUACACCUGAGUCUGAUCUCGUGCUUGGCUCUACCAUUUGUUUUGCCUUAUUUAUAUGUUAAGAUGGCACUAGGACAAAAGAGAGGUUGGCAUUUAGUGUUACUUCCUCAUUUGAUAUCACUUGUUUGGAUGAAUUUGGCAUCUAUCCAUUUGGCAAAUACUACUACAACUACCCAGUUGUUUAGUUUAUUUUCUUGGCUUGUCAUUUUAAUCUUGUCAAAUUAUAUUGGCAUUGUACUUACCUUUAUAACAUAUGCACUUUUUAAAGUAUACACUGUCGAUGAUUUUAAAGUUGAAUUACUUUUCUUGUCGUUGGUAUUCAUAGUACUAUAUUUUAUAAGUUGUAUCUUUGUGAAAAAAUUCAGAGCUUCUAAUGAGAGCAAAUUGUGGCCUUCUUUAAUUUGUUUUAGUUUAUUAAUUCUGUCAUAUCAGGCUGUUAAACCAGAGGUACAGAAAGCAGGAACUGCACCUGGGGAGAUUAUACCUUGGGAAAAAUAUCAAACUUACUGUCAUCAUCAUGCUUGGUAUCGUACUAAUACUGCUGAAGUACAGAUUUCUUGUCUUCCUUUGAAAGGAAGAGAAAUAUCUUUGGAAGGUACAAUAACAGCUGUUGAUGUUAUUCAUGUAAAAAAUAAUAUGCAAUUAAUUGCAAAUAUAAUGCCACAACCCUUACAGGACUGGUUUGUAUGUCUAUUUGGUAAAAAUUAUGCAAAUUGUGAUUCUGAAACAUUAUCACAGUUUGAAAAGGAGCGAUGUAAACUGUAUGAAAAUUUAAACAUAAAUAAAUGCCAUCUUCAUAACUGGAAUGAAUAUAAAUAUCAGAUAGCUUUAGAGGUCUCAUCACGCACAUCUCCUGAAGUUAUACUAUUUGCAGGCAAUGCAUGCACUGAAUUUGUUACCAAUUUAAAAGAAGGGGAUUCACUUAAAGUAAUAGGAGUGUUAGAAUCAAAUAUUGGCAGUUCUUCACCAAGAUUGACCAUACGCCAAGCCCAGUGUACUAGUUGUUAUGCGGAUGUUGCAUGCAAUAGUUUUUCUGCUCUGCCCUUACCUGAUUACAGGCUUUCUGUAAAAAAUUUAAUAAAACUUUAUUUUGAGCCCUUUUUGCAAUACGAGCCAAAAUAAUUUCAUAAUUAAAUUUGUGAACAAGCAUUAUCAUCUUUUGUAUACUUUAUUUUAUUCUAUUUUACUUUCAUCAUAAUUUCAUAUAUUUACUGUGUUUUUUUUUGUGUGUGUGUUUUUUACUAAUCGCUUUUGGUGAUUGUGUUAUAUUUUCAUGCUUUUUAGAAUUGCAAUUAUACUACAACGUAUAUCUUUUUAUAUAGUUAUGUAGUUAAUGUUUUGUGUUUUUAGUAAUAUUUAUUUUAUCCAUUUUGAUGGUUGAAGUAUUUUAAAUUUUAAGAUAAAUGAGAGCUAGUAUUUAUUGGUUUUAAGACAUUAGUUUAAACUAGAUGUAAGAAAAUGUAGAUAUAAGUUUAAUCUCGGAGAAUUUUUCAUGCUCUGUUAAAUGUGCUAAAAAUUUAAUAGUAUAAUCUAUUUAAUAUCUUGAAAAUUGUAUAAAAAAUGAAUUAUGGUUAAUAUUUGCAAUUAUUUUACUAGUCAUUUACUCGUAUUAUUUUAUAGUGGCAAAGU